ACAUGUUAUCUAAUCCAAAUCUCCCCAAGCAUCGGAUCUCCCUAAUCUCUCUCUCUCUCUCUCUCUCUCUGGUAGCCAACAAGAUCAAUGGAAGAAUACGAACAAAAUUCAGUUAUUCCCACUAACGAUGAAGAUUCCGACGUACGGAAAGGUCCUUGGACCGAGGAAGAAGAUGCCGUCCUCAUCAAUUAUGUCUCCGUUCACGGCGAAGGUCGCUGGAACAACAUCGCUCGCUUCUCCGGGCUUAAGAGAACUGGAAAGAGUUGCAGACUCAGAUGGCUAAACUAUUUGCGUCCAGACGUCCGACGAGGAAACAUCACUCUCGAAGAGCAGUUUCUGAUCCUCAAACUCCAUUCUGUCUGGGGAAACAGGUGGUCGAAGAUUGCCCAGUAUCUACCUGGAAGAACAGAUAACGAAAUAAAAAAUUAUUGGAGAACUCGAGUUCAGAAACAAGCCAAACACCUCAGAUGUGAAGUUGACAGCAGCCUCUUCAAGGAGACAAUGAGAAAUGUCUGGAUGCCUAGGUUACUCGAACGAAUCCACGCCCAGUCAUCAGCUUCCACGUGUCAAACCGGAGAAUCCGCCGUCACCGAACCGAGUAGACCCGUUUUCGCCCCGACGUCCGAACCGGGUUUGGAUCAAUUCAUGAGCGCGGACCAACAGUUCAUGGCGUCGGAGUUCUCGGCGGCCUCGUCGAACUCGCUGGAGACGCAGUUUUCGACAUUCCCCGAUCAGGGUCAUGUGAACGGGUCGGGUCUUGACCCGUUUCAAUCGGGUUUGGAUGAAUUAUGUGAUUGGAGCUAUAGUGGGGACGAGGUGGAGAAAUUGUGGAAAGACGACAGUUUUUGGAGCUUACAGGACCAAUUGUGCGACCAAACAUCGUAUUCGUACAACUAAAUCUUCAGCGUUGAAGAAAUAAAAUACUUUUCCCGAAGAAUUCAAUUGCGUCACGUUUGGUGUAGCCAUUCGUUCGUAUAUCUUGCGUGAUGCCAUUUUAGAUACGGCUUGGUAUACGGAAACUGACUUCAUGCCGUCCUCCUCUUAAUUUUGUUGUCUGAUUAUGUUCCGUUCAUCGCGCAAGGAGACUGACGUGUAUAUAUAUAUAUAUGUGUGUGAAUUAUCACAUGUACGUAACUCGUAAUUAAUUACCAGGAAAAUUAAAUCAUUGCUCUCUUAUGCUUUAGUCUUACCAAAUCUUUGACUGUGUCGGCUUGUUGAGAGGACACGUGGACAGAUGGAUAUGAUACACAAGUAUCUUGAUUUUUUUUUAUUAAAUAAAACACGAAUUGAGUAAUUAAUUACUUUU